CGGUCCUCUCUGGUCUGAUUGUCCGGCGGAGAGAAGCGUCGGCCUGGGCGGAUGGACAUCGUGAAAGGAGGUUGCGGGGCUGGAGGAGCGGCGCCGGGGCUCGGGAGAAGAGUCGUAGGGAAAGGAGUAAACUUAGGAAGUGUUGCAGCCAUCACCACGAUCUACUGUGGAACUUCGCACCACUCCAAUGAGGAUGACUUCAACAAGAAAAUUCAGCCAUUCCAUGCAUGAUAUCUUUGGUGAUUUCAGUGACAUUCCCUUAGAAGAUUCAAAGAUGGAAAAAAUCAGAAACUUGAAAGUUGAUAGGAAUCUUACCAAAAGAGCUCCUGGUCAUAGUAGAUUUCUAAAAAGAAGCCAGACUGUCGGUGAAAAACACUUAUUCCUGAAAGAGGAUGCUGGCCUGGCGAGCGGGCUCUCGAGUUCCCCUGGUAGACCCCCGAGCACUGCCUCCAAGCUCAGGACCAGCGCUGCACUCAGGAAGCUGGCCCAGAUCGAGUCCAAGAUCAUGAAUCGGAAGGUGCAGAUGGACUUGUCUGAUGUGGAAUCUGACCCAAAGACCUCCGACGACAGCCUUCCCUGGAGAGCAGACAAAAUCCCCCCUGGGAGUGCAGCUGAACUGUGUUCGAAGGCCACACACAAAACCUCCCAGGAGCAGGCCUGUGAAGUUCCUGUCACUGAGGGCAGCACGCCAAGUGGGAAGGUCAGUAGGUUUCUAAAGAAGAGAGAGCCACCUGUUGAAAAGCUGUCCCCUGAAGCCCAUUUUGGGAAGGAGAGGAGCUUUUCAAUACCCAAAGAGAAAGAACCUACGAGAAAAUUGGAUUCUCCAGACAGUGACGAAGAGGAAAUGAAGGAGUUACUGGGAAGCUUGAUGGAAUCUUUUAGAGAAAAAGGAACACGCACGAAUCAGAAUUUCGCCCGCACCAGAGAUGGUGAAAAAGAACAAACAGAACUAUUCUCGGAUCAGAUCCCAACUCAACCAAAACUCCUUUCACUACCCAGUGAGGAACUUUCCAGCCCCAAGCCACUCGGGACAUCACAUCCGCCAACCUUCCACUCCGCAGACAGGACCCUUCGCACUGCGCGCUCCAGAGCUCGCUCCAGAGCUCGCUCCCCACAGACUGCCAUUCCAGGGGACGUGGCACUCAGCAUGGUGUCAUCACUUUCCAUCACCAGCGCUGUGUCCAAGGCAGUGUCCCCGAGGACGGCACGUGGCAGGAUCUCAUCCUCUCGUGUAAGGAGCGAGGCUGAGCCUGGGCAGGAGCCGCUCUCGGAAGCUUCCGACAGCAGCCUAAACGAUUUUAGAAUAAACGUCUUAUCCCUGGAUGACCUGACUCCAGCUGCCAGUGAGAACUUGGACCUGCAACAGACAAAAGGAGGUCAGAGGCAAAAGGCAUCCCGCAAAAGCUCCUGGACCUGGGGUCCCCUGACUGGCAGCGAGGUCUCAGAGCACCUGAGUGAGCCAUCGGCCUCCUCUGCUGGGUCAACACCUGAGGAGCCUACAGCCAGCAUGGGGAGCCUGGCUUAUUCAGAAGAUUUCGAGGAAUCCCCAAGUCUGACAGCAUCAGAGCCAAUGAGCCAUUCUGGGGAAUCUUGGGAUAGGACGUUGGCUUCUUUGUCUGAACACUCUGUAAGCCUGAGGACAGACCAUACCCCACCAACAUUAGUGUCUCAGAAAAAGUGGGCCCCGGAUGUUACAAGAGUCAUGGUGAAGGAGAAGGCUGUGCAGACCCCCGACCCCGCCUUCACCUACCAGUGGACGACAGUGGCAGGCAUGGCGACCACCGGGCCAGCCCUGGGAGGUGCCUACGUGGACCCUGCACCCAUCGCCAGUCAUGUGGUCAGCGCGGAUGCAAUAGAAGCCCUGACAGCUUACAGUCCAGCGGUGUUCGCACUCAAUGACAUGCUGAAGCAGCAGCUGAGCCUGACGCAGCAGUUCCUCGAGGCCAGCCGGCACCUGCAUGGGUCCCUUCUGCAGUCCCUGGACCAAGACUCAUUCCACUAUCACACUCUGGAGGAGACCAAAGAGUACAUCAGGCACCACAGGCCUGCCCGGCUGACCAUGCAGGAUGCUCUGAAGGAGCUGAAGAAGGAGCUGAUGGAGCUGUGAGCACCAGCAAAGCCUCAGAGGUUCCAGUGCUACCAGCGGGUCACUGGACAGUUAAGACAGAAAUCUUACGGCGGAGUAGGGCUCCUUGACCUCGACCGACGUCUCCUCCCUGGGGAGUAUGACUUGGACCGGGAGCGGG